CCACUUGUCAAUCUCUCUUUCUCUAUUCUUCUUCUUCCUCUCUUUCUCUGUUCGUCUCUUUCUCAUUGCGCCGCCGCCGAGCUCCACCAUGGCCGAGCCGUCAUGCGUCGUCGCCGUCGGCGGUAAACCCCGGCUCUAGUGUCGACCAAACUGAGAGAGGAAGCCCUCAAUCUCUUCGUUGUCCUCAAAUCCCUCGCCGGCCAUGAAGAAGACAAUGCCCACUGUCACCCGGAUCGACGGGAACGCCAUCGUGUCAUCGCCGGCCUUGGAGCGCGCUCUGCGCGUCGCCGCCUCGACGUCGUCACCGUUCCGGGUGCAGUGGACCGUUGUAGGCCGAGCCACCACGCCAUCAGCUUCACCUCGACCUCCUCUCCAUUUACCCCCAAGUACCCUAUCCAGUCGCGCAGCGAUCUUAGAGAUCGGCAUCAUCUUUCUCCAACUCCGGUCGCCGAGGUCCAUCUUCGAUUUCUCCCUCUCCGAAAUUGAGCCAUCGCCGUUCAUCCAAGGUGAAGCGCCGCCGCCGAGACAUUCCGCGAGCCAUCGUCGACAACCAAGCUUUGCCGACCUCAUCCGUGCGCCGGGCCGCCGCCGUGCGUCAUCGCCGUCGGUGGUGAACCCCGGUGAUGCGCCGCCGCCGCCGCCCCACCGUGGCCGAGCCAUCCUGGCUCGGGCCGGCCGCCGUCGCGAGGAAGAAUUGGGAAAAGAAAAGGAGAGAGAGAGGAAGAACAGUGUCCAAGGGCAUUUUAUGUCCACCAGCAAAUACACGAUCUUCAGGUGUCUCACAGCAAAGACCGCAAUCUUUCGGUGUCCUGUAGCAAAUUUUGCCUAAAACCAAUUAAUUUAGGUCCACAUCUACAUUACCAAGCAAACACUCCAUUUUCUGUUCCUAUCGAAUGAUCAAUGUCUUUAUUUACCCGACUGAAAAGAUUACAGAUCACUAAACA